CAGGCAAGAUGGCCGACCUGGGGAAGAAGUACUGCGUUAACUGCCUUGCAGAUGUUACAAAUCUGCGACUUCGCUGCACCGAGUGUCCCGAUAUCGAGCUGUGCCCGGAGUGCUUCUCAGCGGGCGCGGAAAUCGGUAACCACCGGAGAUGGCACGGCUACCAGCAGGUCGACGGCGGUCGGUUCUCUCUCUGGGGUCCCGAGGCAGAGGGAGGAUGGACUAGCAGGGAAGAGCAGUCGCUUCUCGAUGCUAUCGAGCAAUAUGGAUUUGGAAACUGGGAGGACAUGGCCGCUCAUGUCGGAGCCUCCCGAACUCCUCAGGAAGUCAUGGAACAUUACGUCACCAUGUACAUACAUGGUAACCUCGGCAAAGCUUGCAUUCCUGACAAUAUUCCAAACCGGGUGACCGACCACACCUGUCCGAGCGGAGGCCCCCUUUCACCCAGUCUCACCACCCCCCUUCCCCCACUGGAUAUAAGCCUGGUGGAGCAGCAGCAGCUCGGCUACAUGCCGCUACGUGAUGACUAUGAAAUUGAGUACGACCAGGAUGCAGAGAAGCUCAUCAGCGGGCUGUCUGUCAACUAUGAUGAUGAAGAUGUGGAAAUUGAGAUGAAGCGCGCCCACGUCGACAUGUACGUGCGCAAGCUCAGAGAACGGCAGCGGCGUAAGAACAUCGCCCGGGACUACAACCUGGUGCCGGUGUUCCUCGGCAGAGACAAGAAGGACAAAGAGAAGGACAAACCUGGAGGUUUGGGAGUUGUAGUUGCAUCUGUCACUGCGGGUGGAGCGGGCGUUGGAGGUGGCGCAAUUGGAUCGGGUUCCACGACGGGGGUGGGAUCAGGCCCCAUUCCAAAUACGUCCAAAAGAAAGAUUACCAAGGAGGAGAAGGAGCAGAGGAUCCGGCUGCGGCCGCUCUGCCAGUUCAUGGCACAUCGGGAAUUUGAGGAGUUUUUUGAGAACAUGCAUAAAGAACGAAUGCUGAGGGUCAAGGUGCGUGAGCUGCAGCGCUACCGCCGCAACGGCAUAACGCGUCUGGAGGAGUCCACCGAAUACGAAGCUGCGCGCCACAAACGGGAGAAACGCAAGGAGAACAAGAGCGUGGUCAACUCCAAGCGCAGCAGCUCAGGAGGAGGCGGGCUCAGCUCCGGGAUGGGACUUGGAGGCGGAGCUGGAGGAGGAGGAGGUGUUGUUGGGGGACUUGGGGUUGGUGGGAUCAAAGAAGAGGGCAAAGAUGGCGAGUUUGCCGCCAUUGAGAACCUGACGGGCUUUGAGCUGCUAUCUGAUCGGGAGAAGAUUCUGUGUAACUCUCUCAACCUGAGCCCCACGCGCUACCUGACUGUCAAAACCAUCAUUAUCAAAGACCACCUGCAGAAACGGCAAGGCAUCCCGGCCAAGAGCCGACUGCCCAGCUACCUGGACAAGGUCCUCAAGAAGCGCAUCCUUAACUUCCUCACAGAGAGCGGCUGGAUAUCCAGAGACGCCUCGUAGCCGUCUGUUUUUAAGUCGGGAAUAAUAAGCCGACGAUUGCUGGUAGCUGAUAAGCUAUCUGCUCCUGAGGCAGGACAGAACUUCUGGCUUUCAGCAUUUUGUGUCUUUUUUUUAAUUGUUUUUUGUUUUUUUUCAGGGCUAACUUUGUCAAUAUGUACAUUACAAAAAAAGAGAAAUGACCCAGUGGGAAAAAAGUAUAUUUUCAUACCAAGUCUAGAAACAAAUCAAAGCCUCUAUUUUUGCAUUGAAAAGGGAUGGGGGGGGGGGGCUUCUGCUUUCCACUGCUGUCGUCAAUAAUUUGACAGUACAAUAAGGACAAUGUUUGUGCAAAUGAGUUGUUAACAUGUCUCCUGAAGAUGUCUUUGUGGAAAAAGUCCUAGAAAUUCAAGCAGCUAAAGCAGGGAUCCCCAACUCCGGUCCUCGACAGCUUUUAAAUGUUUCUCUGCUGCAGCACACCUGAAUCAAAAAAAAUGGUUUCCCAGCAGCUUGUCGUCAUGCUUUGAAUCUGAAUCAGGGGUGUUGAAGCAGGGAAGCAUCUAAAACCUGCAGGACAGCGGUCCUUGAUGAGCCGAGUUGGAAAUCCUAGCACUGAAGCCAUUUCCUGCUGAAAAGAAAGAUGUUCUAAACGUGGUAUUUUUGAGUAAAUGUUUCUCAAAAAAACAAACAAUGUAGUUUCUCCCCCACCCCCACUCCAGUUUCUAAAUGGUCAGGUUUGGUGUUUAGGACCAAGGUUAAAGCUGCGCAUGGGAACUUUCAAGCUAAAGGUCUCUGCCAGGAGACUAAAAACCUGUUUCCUAUCAACUAGCUUAGCAUAGAUUCUCACAGAAGGCUUGGUUAACAGGUUAAUCAUUCAGCUAAGCUAAUUAUACCCACUGAUUAUCACCAAAAUAUCACCACUGACAUGUACGCUUGUUAAUAGGUUGGAAGAAAUGUCGUGAGAAUUGCCAAAGAAUGUGCUAAAAGUUGGUGACAUUGGCGUCCACUAGAGGGCGCUGCUGAGUUUAUUCUUAUUUAACGAAAGAUCCACUUCUUGGUUUAAUAACGUAAUUUAAAAGAUAGUGAUUUCUUAUUUAAAAAGAAAAGGUAUAUAAAAGCAAAAAUUCAGAUUAUGUGUCGAUGGAAGCGUUUGUGUUGGUAAAAGCCUUUAACAGUCUGUAUUAGCAUUUUCAUCAGAUUUUUCAAGAUAAUUCGUAAAUUUGGCCUAAAACCUUAACUUUUCUAUAAAUAUGAUGCGGCUUAUUGCACAACAUUAAAAUGACUCAUGAAAAACUGAAUGUCUGCUUUCAUUUAGCAGUGAUUUGUAACUAAGGCUUCCCUGAUGGUGUCAAACCAGUAAAGUCCUUUUUUUAAGGUCCGGUGUGAAACUGAACAGCAUUACCAUUACGUUCAUUGUCCUGCUUUGUAUGUCUUUUUUCUUUUGCAAGCUGAGCUGGAACCCUUGUGCUGGUGAAAUGUGAAGGGCUUCAUGGGUUCAGCUGUCAGGAAGGCAGGCGAAUGUGAGCCGAUGCUGGCAUAUCUUUCUUCAUGGAAACAUUUGGGGGUUUAAAUGCAGGUUUUUGACUCUAUGAGCUCUUCAGGGGUCACUUUAAAAAAGAGCUUUGAUUUUUUUGUGUUAUUGUCCAUCAGGACAUCUAAAAUCCCCUUUAAUUCAUCAGCCAGUCUAUGAAAGGAUCCUGUUACACGUUAAAAACAUUCUGCAUAUGUGAAUAAAAAUAACAUUUGGACGAUCAAAUGUGAAUUAAUCCAGGCCAGAAAUGAGGCCCCAACAAGUGCACUUUUCCUCCUGCUUUUGCAUCGUUAUAACUAAGCUUUAUAAACACCUAAAUAACAAAAAUAUUCACGAGCGGAUGUGGUUAAAACUCUUCAACAGGAAGUGGGCUCAUCCAUUUGUUAAUAUUGUAGUUUCUCUGUUUACCUCUGGGCACAUCCUCAGAAAAAUGAACCAAGUUGUCAUUUUUCCACCUCUGAUGUUGGAUCCACUCCUGCUAAUCAGUUUUCUAGACCAUUUUAAGUAUCUGAACACAUCCUGACUGGACUCUAGGGAGCUUGUGGGGUUUUUUGGUGUAAUAAGAUGAUGUGCAUGAAAAUUCCCUUUAGACUGUUAAAGAAUGUUCCAUGAAGGUGUUGCUUGCUUCCGCCUGAUGAUGAAAAACUUAGCUGGAGCUAUUUGAGUUUGUUUGUUUUUCCAGUGGCAGACUUUAUUUUUAUUUUGCAUCGUCCACUGAACGUUCCAGCCUAACUGAGCAAAGUGGGAAAGUAUUUUUCAUAAAGAGGGUUUUUUGCUUACUUUUGUCACCAAAUGUAAAUAAUUUUUGUGAGAUAAAUUUGGGGGAGGGAAAGUAUAAUUAGUAACUUGUUAAAUGUAUAGUAUUUUGUGUUGCUGAAAUUUUUAUAGCUUUUGUAAUAAAAGAAUAAUUUCGGACUGCAAAGAAGCAUUUUCUGUCAUGCUGUUGAGUUUUCUUCUUACUGCUGUUUUGCUUCUUUUUUGCUUUGUUGUACAAAAGGUAUGUAUGGAGAUGUAUUAAAACGU